UUCCAGGGCCCUGUGAGCCAGAAGAUCUUAUUGAUGGCAUCAUCUUUGCUGCUAACUACCUGGGCUCCACCCAGCUGCUCUCUGAGAGGAACCCGUCCAAGAACAUCCGCAUGAUGCAGGCCCAGGAGGCUGUCAGCCGGGUCAAGAGGGUUCAGAAGGCUGCCAAAAUCAAGAAAAAGGCGAGCCCAGAGGGGGACGCACACACACUGACAGAGGUGGACCUCUUCAUCUCCACCCAGAGGAUCAAAGUGCUCAACGCAGACACACAGGAAACUAUGAUGGACAACGCCCUGCGCACCAUCUCCUACAUAGCUGACAUUGGGAACAUUGUGGUGCUGAUGGCGAGGCGCCGCAUGCCCCGCACAGCCUCCCAGGACUGCAUCGAGACCACACCUGGAGCCCCAGAGGCCAAGAAACAGUACAAGAUGAUCUGCCACGUCUUUGAGUCUGAGGACGCCCAGCUCAUAGCCCAGUCGAUUGGGCAGUCAUUUAGCGUGGCCUACCAGGAGUUCCUGAGGGCCAACGGCAUCAACCCAGAGGACCUGAGUCAGAAGGAGUACAGUGACAUCAUCAACACGCAGGAGAUGUACAACGAUGACCUCAUCCACUUCUCCAACUCUGAGAACUGCAAAGAGCUGCAGCUGGAGAAGCAUAAGGGAGAGAUCCUGGGCGUGGUCAUAGUGGAGUCUGGCUGGGGCUCCAUCCUGCCCACGGUCAUCCUGGCCAACAUGAUGAACGGUGGGCCGGCCGCCCGCUCCGGGAAGCUCAGCAUCGGAGACCAGAUCAUGUCCAUCAACAACACCAGCCUGGUAGGGCUGCCGCUCGCCACCUGUCAGGGAAUCAUCAAGGGCCUGAAGAACCAGGUGCAGAUGAAGCUGAACAUUGUGAGCUGUCCCCCUGUCACCACCGUGCUCAUCAAGAGGCCAGACCUCAAGUACCAGCUGGGCUUCAGCGUCCAGAAUGGGAUU